GAAUAUCAUCGAAGGCCUGAAUGAAAUUGUGAAAGAGUUGCUUGUUAUGGUGUUUGGCGAGGGGGCUGAAUUGGAUGAGAGAAGAAAAAGAAUCGACGGCUGAGAAUUGAUGAGAUCAACGGUUGUCCGGUGGCCGGCGAUGGAUUUUUAACCGGCGAAGUGGGCAGUGGCAGCAGCGUAAUUUCGUAUCACGUGGACCAAAUUAUCCGCAAACCGCUAGUCCUCUCCGGGUCUCGUCUUUCUCCCUCUCUCUCUCUCAGACAUAACCCCAAAUCCAGACUCCUCAACUCCCAAGAAACCGUUUUCAUCUCUUCUCAGCCGCCGUCGCCCUAUCUCCGGCCGGCAUCUGCUUUCCGGCGAUCCCAUAACCUUGUUCGCUCUAGGGUUUUCUUUUUCUUUUUUGCAUUUCGUGUUCCGCGUGAGACCGGUGCUAUUUCAGUGUGAAUCCCUGAUUCGUAUGUUCUUUCCUUCGUGGGGAAUGGCGUUGCUGUUAGGGUUUUGAUUGUGCCCACUCGAACUGUGGGAUACUGCUGGAAGAUUUGAAAUUUAGGGUUAUUUUUGUUUCUUUUUAAUUUACUUAAGGGGUUUCUUUUGAAAUUAGGGUUUUCAGUGUGAUUCAGUAUGCCGAGGGGUUCCAGGCACAAAUCUACUAGACAUGGGUUGAAGGAUGCUAGAGAAUCCUCGGACUCGGAAAAUGAUUCCACUCUGAGGGAUCGGAAGGGCAAAGAGAGUGGGAGUAGAGUAUUGAAGGAUUCUGCUUCUAGUGAGAAGCGCAGAUUCGAUUCGAAGGAUACAAAAGAGUUUUACGGUUCAGAGAAUCUGGAGACGGAAGAGCAUGGACAUUCGAAGCGGCGUAAGGAGAGGUAUGAUGAGGGAACGACUGAUAGGUGGAAUGGGGGAAGCGACGAUGAGCUUGGUGUUCCUUCCAAAAAGUCAAAACCGUCAGUGGAUUCAAAGAGCAAAAGAAGGGAUGAGAGUGUGGGAUUGCAGGGGGAUGGCGAAGAACUCAAGAAGAGUAGUGGGAAGGGUGAGGGAAGGCACCGGGAGUCCAGCCGAAAGGAGGGUAGGAAUGGUGGAGGGGAAAGGGAAAGGGAUAGGGAUAGGGAUAGGGAUAGGGACAGGGAUAGGGACAGAGACAGAGAGGGAGAGGGAGGGGAGAGGGAGAGGGAGAGGGAGAGGGAGAAGGAUAGGAAAGGUAGAGAAGGAAGAAGUGACAGGGGGGUUGCAAGUGAGGAACUCCGUGUUGAAAAGCAAGUGGAAAAGAACACAGAGAAUGUAUUGCAUAGCCCUGGAUUAGAGAAUCACCUGGAGAUACGAGUUAGGAAGGGAGCUGGAUCUUUUGAUGGGGAUAAACGUAAAGAUGAUAUUGGAGAUGUCGAAAAUAGACAGCUAUCUUCAAAGAAUGAUACUGUGAAGGAUGUAAGACGAAAGAGUGAGAAGUACAAGGAUGAGAGAAAUAGGGAGAAGUACCGAGAAGAUGUUGAUAGGGAUGGCAAGGAAAGAGAUGAGCAGCUUGUUAAAGAUCACAUCAGCAGGUCAAAUGACAGAGAUUUGAGAGAUGAGAAGGAUGCAAUGGAUAUGCAUCAUAAGAGAAACAAGCCUCAAGAUAGUGAUCUUGAUAGGGAGGUGACCAAGGCCAAACGUGAAGGUGAUCUAGAUGCUAUGCGUGAUCAUGAUCAAGAGAGUAGGCGUAGGCGCGAUCGUGGUCGUGAUCGUGACCGUGACCAUGAUCGGGAUGGGAGACGGAAUCGUAGUCGCAGUCGUGCUCGUGACCGUUACUCUGAUUAUGAAUGCGAUGUUGACCGGGAUGGAUCACAUCUUGAGGAUCAAUACACAAAAUAUGUUGAUAGUAGGGGAAGGAAAAGAUCUCCAAAUGAUCACGAUGAUUCUGUUGAUGCUAGAUCUAAAAGUUUGAAGAAUAGUCACCAUGCAAAUGAUGAAAAGAAAUCUUUGAGCAAUGAUAAAGUGGACUCAGAUGCCGAGAGAGGAAGAUCUCAAUCACGAUCCCGUCACGUAGAUGUCAAUUUAAGCAGCCAUAGACGGAAGAGUUCACCUAGUUCUCUGUCACGCGUUGGCACAGAUGAAUACAGGCAUCAAGAUCAGGAAGAUUUGAAAGAUCGAUACCCGAAAAAGGAAGACAGGUCCAAAUCCAUUUCUACUAGAGAUAAAGGUGUUCUUUCAGGAGUACAAGAAAAGGGUUCAAAGUACAGUUAUUCAGAGAAACCCAGUGAAACAGAGGGUGGCAAUGCUACUGAGCUAUUACGAGACAGGUCUUUAAAUUCUAAGAAUGUUGACAUUGAAGAAAGUGGUCGAAGGCACAAUACUUCUAUUGAUGCCAAAGACCUCUCUUCUAAUAAGGACAGGCAUAGCUGGGAUAUACAAGGUGAGAAGCCUCUGAUGGAUGAUUCAUCCCAGGCAGAGUCCUAUUAUAGCAAAGGUAGUCAGAACAAUCCAUCACCGUUCCAUCCACGCCCUGCUUUUAGGGGUGGAGUUGACAUUCCAUUUGAUGGUUCACUAGAUGAUGAUGGCAGACUUAAUUCUAAUAACCGUUUUCGAAGGGGUAGUGAUCCAAAUUUGGGAAGAGUACAUGGCAACACAUGGAGAGGUGUUCCAAACUGGUCAGCACCACUUCCAAAUGGCUUUAUCCCUUUUCAGCAUGGACCUCCUCCUCAUGGAAGUUUCCAAUUAAAUAUGCCACAGUUUCCAGCACCACCUUUAUUUGGUAUCAGACCACCACUUGAAAUCAAUCACUCUGGAAUUCAUUACCGGAUGCCUGAUGCUGAAAGGUUUUCCAGUCACAUGCAUUCACUAGGGUGGCAGAAUAUGUUGGAUGGUUCAAGCCCUUCUCACUUACAUGGAUGGGAUGGAAAUAACGGUAUCUUUAGGGAUGAAUCUCAUAUUUAUAGUGGAGCUGAAUGGGAUGAGAACAGGCAGAUGGUGAAUGGUCGAGGAUGGGACUCCAAAACUGAAAUGUGGAAGAGACAGAGUGGUUCCCUGAAAAGAGAAUUACCUUCCCAAUUCCAGAAGGAUGAGCGUUCAGUGCAAGAUCCUGUUGAUGAUGUAUCAAGUAGAGAGGUGUGUGAUGAGAGUGCUGAUACUAUUCUGACAAAAACUGCUGAAAUAAGGCCUAAUAUCCCUUCUGCAAAAGAAAGCCCCAAUACUCCUGAGCUCUUCUCUGAAACACCAACUCCUCUUAGACGAUCAAUGGAUGAUAAUUCUAAACUGAGUUGUUCUUACCUUUCUAAGCUUAAGAUUUCCACAGAACUUGCACAUCCUGAUUUGUACCACCAGUGUCAGAGAUUAAUGGAUAUUGAGCACUCUGUGACUGCAGAUGAGGAAACUGCUGCUUACAUAGUUCUUGAGGGUGGUUUGAGAGCUGUGUCCAUCUCUUCAAAUAGUGUGCAUCAAUCUCUUUUCCAUCCAGACAAGAACUCAGUUUUUCAGCAUGCAAUGGACUUGUACAAAAAGCAGAGAAUGGAAAUGAAGGAGAUGCAAGUUGUUUCUGGGGGAAUGCCAUCCUCUGAGAGGAGGCUUGAAGAGAAGGGGAUGCAAGUUGUUUCUGGGGGACUGGCUUCCUCUGAGAGGGAACUUGAAGAGAAGGCCUUUGAUUUCAAUGAUGAAGAAGUUAAGGCUCCUAUUUCAACUGUUGAUGAGGAAAUGGAACAGACACCCAUCAAAACCACUGGUGCUGAUAAGGAAGUUGAGGUGGCUGAUGCGCGGGGGAAAUUGGAGGAUGUGGCUUCAACUGCCAGUCAGGAGGAGGUUAAGUGUCUUGAAAACUCAGAGGAGUCAUUGCCGAUUACCAAUCCAACCGAAGUGGUUAUGAUUGCUUCGGAACAUCAGGAAAACCUAGAUGCUGAAAAGGAUACCGUCGUCGUAGCAAAUGACAACAUACCAGUCGAUGACACCGAUAAAUUCAGUAACAAUGACGUCAAAGGGAUUGCCAACAGCAAAGAUUCUACUCGACGUGGAGUUGGUAAUUCUUGUUUUGAAAAUGGAGUGAGUGGUCCUUUAUCUUUUCCAGACGAAAUACCCGAGACUUGUGAGGGUUUAAUGCCUGUGUCAAUUGGGUCUGAGUCUUUAAUUUUGAGUCAGAUACAUCAUUCUCCUGAAAGUACACAUUGAAACAAUUUUAAUAAUCGCUGUUUUUCAUAUUUCUUAGUUAAGUUAUUGAUUUUUCUAUUCUUGUUGCUUCAUCUUCCUGCAAGGAAUAAAAUUUCCUACUAUUCUGCA